GAUGAUGUAAAAAAAAACGUCAGUGGGACGUCAGCCCUCCCCUUCCAGCUGUGACCGCACAACUUGUGACUAUUUAUUUUGUGUUUUAGUUAAAGCCGGAUGGAGAGCUUAUUUGUUUCGUUUCUUGACAACGACGACGGCAACAACACGAGCGCUUCGGUUUUAAUGUUUAAUCUUGAUUUCAUUGGUAAAUAAAAAAAAACACAAAGAAAACUUCCGGGCCCAUCCUUGCCGCGGUCUUUACUCUCGGCGACUGCGAUGCUCUCGGAGGACACCAAAGAGGCGGCGACGGUGGGCGGCAUCGGCAAAGCGGAGAUGGAGAGGACGGACCGCGAGGCGCUGGAGACGGCGGUGCAACGCGUCGCCAGCAUGCUGCAGCGACCCGACCAGCUGGACAAGGCGGAGCAGUACCGGCGGCGAGAGGCGCGCAAGAAGGCGUCCGUGGAGGCCCGUCUCAAGGCAGCGAUCCAGUCGCAGCUGGACGGCGUACGCACCGGGCUGUCGCAGCUGCACACGGCGCUGAGCGACUCGUGCGAGGUGCGCGGGUCGCUCGCCGACGUCGGCCGCGACUGGCAGAGCAGCAUCGCCGCCAUCGAGGGCCUGCGCGACGUCAAGGACGCCGUGGUGCAGCACAGCCAGCUGGCGGCCGCUGUCGAGAACCUCAAGAACAUCUUCUCGGUGCCGGAGAUCGUGCGCAACACGCACUCGCUGAUCGAGCAGGGCCAGCUGCUGGAAGCGCACACGGCGCUGAUGGAGCUCGAGAGCUCGCGCGACGAGCUCCUCUAUGAGCAGUACCGCAUGGACCCACGCAACACGGCCGACAUGAGCCUCAUCAAGGCCUACUUUUCCGCCACCAGUGAGCUGUCGCACGCCCUCGCAAAGCAGCUGUGGCUCGUGCUGGAGAGGGCGCUCUCCACCGUGCGCAGAGACCCCUCCUUGCUGGUGUCGGUGCUGCGCAUCAUCGAGCGCGAGGAGAAGCUGGAUCAACGCUCCCUCGACAGGGAGAAGCAGUCCAGCUUCCUGCCUCCGGGACGCCCCAAGGCGUGGAGGAAGAAGUGCAUGGACGUGAUGGAGAGCACGGCGCGCACGCGCAUCGAGGCCAACCAGCCGGACGAGCGUGGCUCCGACCGCAUGUGGCUGGUGCGCCACCUGGAGAUCUCGCGGCAGUACGUGCUGGAGGACCUGACCGUGGCACGCCACAUGCUCGCCUGCUGCUUCCCACCCAGCUACGAGGUGUUCAACUUGUACCUGAGGCUGUACCACAGUGCGCUAUCCACACACCUGCAAGAGAUGGUGUCGGACGAGCUGGAGGGGAAUGAGAUUGUGUCUCUCCUCACCUGGGUGCUCAACACCUAUCCCAGUGAGGAGCUCAUGGCCCACCCUGACCUGGCUGAGGAGGUGGACUUGAAGGCCCUCGGUCCCUUGCUCUCCAACGACACGAUCAACCAGCUGCUGAGCAAGUACAUCACCACCAUGAAGUCGAACAUCGUUGGGUGGCUCAGGAAGGCACUUGAGACAGAUUCAAAGGACUGGUCCAAGGAACAGGAGCCCGAGGCCGACCAUGACGGGUUCUUCCAGACAACGCUGCCCUCCAUCGUUUUCCAGAUGAUGGAGCAGAACUUGCAGGUGGCCACGCAGAUCAACGAGGAUCUCAAAAUCAAGGUCCUGCAGCUGUGCCUCCAGGAAAUGAACACCUUCCUGCGCCGGUACCACGAUGCGAUUUUGGGGUACAGAGGAGAGCACCUGAAGGACCGGAACAAGCCUCCCUUCUUCGUGCACUACAUGAUCGCCCUCGUCAACAACUGCCAGACGUUCAAGGACUCGAUCGCGAGCCUCAAGCGCAAGUACACCAAGUAUGACGACGACGACGAGGUGUCGGGGGGGGGCACCUCCUCCUCCUCCUCGUCGUCGCCCGACAUGAGCCCCGAACUGGACCGCAUCGCGCGCGAGGGCUGCCACCUGCUGCUCAAGGAGGUCUUCCUCGACCUGGAGCCUCACCUGCAGGAGCUGCUCACCCGCAAGUGGCUCACGGACUCCAACGCCAUGGACACCAUCUGCGUGACGGUGGACGACUACUUCCACGACUUCUCCAAGAUCAAGAGGCCGUACAACAAGGAGAUGACGACGCAGGCCCACCUGUGGGUGGUGAGCGAGUACGUGAAGGCGCUCAUGCAGAAGCGCGUCGCCUUCAAGAGCUACGAGGAGCGCAAGGAGGCGGCCGAGAGGAUGAGCCGCGAGGCGACGCAGAUAAAGCAGCUCUUCCUCAAACUCGGCUCGGAGGAGGGCGAGAAGCCCACGGAUGUCAUCCCAGCGCUGGCCGAGGUCCUCAAGCUCAAGGACUCGUCCUUGGUCUGCCUGGAGGUCACGGGUCUCGCCAACAACUUUCCCGACAUCCGGGAGGAGCACAUCUUGGUGCUGUUGGCGCUGCGCGGCGACGCGACGCGCGAAAUGAGACAGACGGUGGUGGAGACUCUGGCGCAGAGUUCCCGGCAGGUCCCCGCGGGGUACCGGCCGGUGUUCGCCGACAUCGCCGUGCCCACGUCCACGCUGCCCAAGCUCGUCAAGUAGCGGCGGACGCACGGUCACCCCCCCCCCCUCCACCCCCCCCCCGCCCCGUUCGCCGGGCGAGAUGCCGACUGGUUGGUUCACGUGGAAGCGUUGCGCCGGGGUCCGUGGGGUUUGCCGGACCCCCCACCCCAACGGCUUGUUUGGAGAACGGCGGAAUGGCAGAGAGAGCGGGCGGCUGUCCUUUCGCUCUCUCUCUCUCGCUCUCUCUCUCUCGCUCUCUCUCCGUCUCCCUCUCCCUUCCGCUGGCGGCGGUCGCCUCGCCGCGCGAGAGCGGCGAGGCGUGUUCGGACGCCCGCACGAAACGCCAUUUAAGGCGCGGGCCCGAAGCGAGCCGAUGCCGAGCGGGCUGCGGCCGAGAAGAAGCCGGACGCCGUUGACGCUUCCACCUCUCAAGUGCCGGCGACGCCUGCUCCUCAGGGGAGGGGUGGCGGUGGGGUGUGGGGGGCGUCGAGGGUCGGUAGGGGGGUGUGUUGACCUCUCGUCAGGGUGACUUCCUGUUUACACGCACGCCCUCGCCCGCGCAAGCUGAACAGGGGUUAGACCGGUGAACCUGCCAAAGGAUAAACAAGAACAUCUCGGGCCUGACAGCCUCCUUCAGGGACGUCUUGACGAACGUUUUCCAGCGGCCAAAGCGCCGCCGCUUUGCCCAUCACCGGCGCACGCGACCUGCCGAUCGACCCCCGCCGUGGCGGGCCCAGCUCGUGCCACCGCCCCCCGGUGGGGCAGAGGGAGGCCGGCGGGGUUUGGGAAUCUUGGUCACCAUUUCAAUUGGCGGCGGGGUGGGGGGGGGGUGGUGGUGGGCAGGAGCCGGCAUCGAAAACUGACGACCUCUGGAUGGCGAGCGCAGGGCGCCAACCACGGCAGCUACCCCCCGGCCCCCCUGCCCACCUUGGCUCGUGCGCCCCGUUCUGUGCACUGCAGCAACGAGGGCGACGGCAUCGCGAGCAAACGGGGGCAGGUUGCGAGCGACUGGCACCGCUCGGCCUCCGGGAUCUUGGGGAAAGCGUUUGACCGCGGCCGCGAGCGUACUCGAUGUUGGUUCCAGCCGCGAGGCCCUAGACCCCCCGUGCAGAGAAUGGCACCGCCGGCCGGCCGCCCCUCGCCGCGUGGGAACGAGGCGACCGCUGUGGCUGCCCACCCACACCCAGUCCCCCACGUAAGUGGAACGCCACGCGUGGCCUACGACUGAACACUUGACGGGCAGUCUUGAGCGGAUUGCCUUUUCCGGGCUGCCUUCGAAUGUUACGUUCUCGUGCGUUUUUCCUGCACGAACAAAAACAUUUCCUUCGCGAGGUUCAGCUUAGAUCCGGGGCUGAACUUCGACCCGCGCCCCUCCGGAUCGGCGAGUCGGAACGCAUUUCCGACGCCCGGCACACCGCGUCCAGGAUACCCUCUCGCCAUGCCUGUAGCUUACUCCUCGAGUCACGUGCCUAUUUGCCGUCUGCCGGCGGUGAGAGAGUUAAGUCCCUGGGGGGUACAGAGGUGACGCUUGGGGGCUGACCUCUCUGUGUUGAUCGCACCGCAAGUGGCUACUCUUUUGUAACGAGGCUCCCUUCGGCGGGCCGUGUGUCUCCCUCCCUCCCUCUCUGCUUUUUUCCACGCGGUGUUCAAGCAAUAAAGUUCUCCACGCCUUAA